AUGGCUGCUUGCAACAGCGGGGAAACGGUGACUGGGAGCAUGUAUUUGACCCGAAGAUGCAACAAGAUUGCCAAGAACCUUGGAAUGAAUAACUCAAAUAAUAAACUUCAUUGGUAUAAUACCCGUACCUAUCGGCUCAAAAUGACUUCCACCAACUAUGGCAAGGUUGCAACGGCUAUUUUCCAACUACAUACUUGCAAACAAAACAUAAUAAUUCACGAAAAUUACGAAGCGGUGAUUGAAUACGAAAGAGUUAUUUUGAAAUUAUAG